AAGUCUGCAAUCUCAAGGGUGAGACAUGGCCUCUGUAUGGACCAUGUCGCAGCCCAUGAGCGGGGGUGAUGGAGAGUACGGUCAUGCUCAGAAUUCCAUAUUUCAGAGAGGAGGAGUUGAAGCAGUCAAAGCUUUGAUCCAAGAGUCUCUUCCUCCAGACAGGCAGUACUUUGCAGCUGGAGUUCUAGGCCGAUUUCACAGUCAAUUGUUUCCCAGAGCUUCUCUCCGCUUCAUCCACUCCUCUUACUCCCUUCACUGGCUCUCAAGCACUCCAAAGGAGUUAAAGGAGAUAAAUAAGGGAAGUAUAUAUUAUCACAGAGGGUCAAAGGAAUUUGUUGAGGCUUAUUCAGCUCAAUUUGCAAGGGAUAUGGAGUCAUUUUUAGCUGCAAGGGCAGAGGAGGUUGUUGUUGGAGGACUCAUGACCCUUCUCCUGCUAUGCCUCCCUGGUGAUUUGGGGUGUUCUGUUGGGCCUAAUACAAUCAUCGCAGUGGAAAACAUCAUAGAAUUUGUAAAACCCAAACACCAAUCCAUCCCUUCUAAUCAAGAACGUGAUCUUGAAUUUCGAGUAUUCUUCAAUGACCUUGUCACCAAUGAUUUCAACACCCUAUUCAUGUCUCUUCCUCCAGAGAGACAAUACUUUGCAGCUGGCACCCCUGGUAGUUUCCGGGGUCGCUUGUUUCCCAAGGCAUCUCUCCAAUUUGUUCACUCCUCUUACACCCUUCACUGGCUUUCCACCAUCCCGAACGAGGCAGAGGAAUUGGUGGGUGGAGGACUCAUGGCAAUUGUCAUAGUAUGCAUCCCAGAUGAUGUUGCUUAUUCACAAACCGUGUCUUGUGUAAUCACUGAUGUUCUCGAAGCCUGCCUGCUCGACCUGGUCAAAGAGGGAAUGGUAAGUGAAGAUAAAGUGGACUCCUUCAACAUGCCCAGAUACCAGCCAAAGCCGAGGGAACUGGAGGCAUUGAUAAGGAGAAAUGGGUGUUUCACCAUUGAGACACAGGAGGAAUUGGUUCGUCCUGAAAACCCAAUGGGGAAUGCGUUUUCAAAUAAGCAAGGGAUGUUGUCACACUUGAGAGCUGCUUUGGAAGAACUUGUCAAAGAGCACUUUGGGGCUCAACUGGUACCGUACGUGACUCCCUUCUGCAACCUAAUUGAUCACUCGAUCCAGUCGUCAACCUGCAGAGCAGGAUCGGUCGUCAAUGGCCGGAGUACCCUUCAAGUGUUGGGACUGCAGCGCCCUACAGGAAGCUCAAGAGCACGCGUAGCUCACCGAAACUGUACUGCUUGCGGAAAGCCAUGCCGAUCACCAAAAACAGUAUGAAUCACAUCUUCUAUACUCUCAAUUAUCAAUUAUGUGUAGGUUUAUUAUGUAGUUUAUAAGUAAUAUUUAUUUAGUGGUGAAGAUAACGAAAAAAGGAGUUUGAAAAAUUUCACGAUUCCUGGGAUUUUGGUUUAAUUUGCUUUUGUAUGAUCAUAUACGGGGAAAGUGAUUUGCAUAGGAAGAGAACUGUACACAUAAAAGUUGGGAGGCUGCAAAGCUGAUCAAUUUGGAUUUUUGGAGGCUCCAAAUAUGGUUUCUGAAUCUGAAGCAGCAGUCGACAAUCUGAAGGUACUUUUGCAAUUGAUAUAUGCAUCUCAUCUGUUAGUUCUGCAAAAUGUUUUACUGGCAUGAUCAGGUUUAAGAUGCAAAAUUGUUUCAUGUGAAUGUGCAGACUUUGGUGAGGUUUUUUGAUGAUGGAAAGCAUGUUUGAUGUUACUUCUCUCUGCAAUUUUCUGUUUAAGUUAGCGUAUAUGUUUAAUUGUUGUCUUGUCUCGUUUCACAUAAUCUGGUCAUAUAUAUGCAUUGGGCACACGAGCCAAUAUGAGGUGUUUCUAUGCCUGUUUGAUCGAUUUAUUGUCCGAGAAUCCUGGUUGUAUGCGCUGCAUUUGGUUUUCUAUAAGACUCCCAAAUUCGGUUCCAAUUUCUCGUUUCUUUAAUGGAAGUGAAAUUCAUGGUUUGAAAUGGCCUUUGAUGCAGUGUGUGAAUGCAUGUUCAUUUUGAUAUGGUAGUUUCUUAUUUUGAGAUAUGUUCUGAUUCUGAUGCCUUGGAUGGAUGAAUAUU